AUGGCUGUUCGCCGUUGUAAAAAGACGGACUUGAAGCGCAUCGCAAAGGCCACUGGGGCUACUCUUGUUAGCUCGUUGGCCACGUUGGAGGGUGAUGAGGCAUUCGAUGCUUCGCUUCUGGGUCAUGCGGACGAAGUAGUUCAGGAGCGCAUUAGUGACGAUGAGUUGAUUUUAAUUAAAGGGCCCAAAGCGCGCACUGCAAGUUCUAUAAUUCUGCGUGGUGCAAACGACGUUAUGCUCGAUGAAAUGGAACGUUCUGUACAUGAUGCCUUGUGCGUUGUACGCCGUGUUUUAGAAAGCCGUCGGUUGGUGGUGGGCGGAGGAGCUGUUGAAGCGGCUUUGAAUGUUUGGCUGGAAGCGUUUGCUACGACUUUGUCUUCGCGCGAACAACUUGCCGUUGCUGAAUUUGCACAAGCUUUACUGGUCAUUCCAAAAACUCUGUCCGCCAACGCUGCUAAAGAUUCUACAGAACUUGUCGCAAAAUUGAGAGCUUUCCACCAUAAGGCCCAGACGAAUCUGCAAUUACAACAUCUUAAGUGGGCUGGUUUGGAUUUGGAAAACGGUGAUAUUCGCGACAACCGCGUUGCUGGGGUUAUUGAGCCACUUCUUAGUAAGGUUAAAUCUUUGAAAUUCGCAACUGAGGCAGCAAUCACCAUUCUUCGUAUCGAUGACCUUAUCAAACUGGACAAGCCGGCACCGUCUCGAGGUGAAGAUGAAUGUGGAGCCUAA